UGCACAUGCUCAGUGUGUUCCCCCAUCAUCUCAUCACGCAAAAUCAAACGGAGCCGCUGCUCGCGCAUCUGCGACACCUGAAGACGCGUUCUCGCCUCUCGCGUCCCCGCAGCGUCUUCUGCGCGUCCGUGCUGUCGCGUCGCGGUUCUCCACGCGAGCGGGUCGAGUCGUGUGUGAAUGUGUGUGUAAGCGGACAGUGCUGGAAUCAGGAGCCGAGGGACAUCAUCAUGUCGUGGGCACUGGAGGGAUUUCUCUGAAAGCUUUUUGAUUAUGGAGUUCAACACCUCAUCCGUAUUUGAGCAGCACAAAGAAGCUGCGGAGGAGGUUGAUCUAAAUGUGGUGUACCAGGCGGCAGCGAACGGAGACGUCAACACGCUGACCGCCACCAUCCGAGAAGACCCCUCCAUCCUCGAGUGCUGCGACGGGGAAGGCUCCACGCCGCUGAUGCAUGCUGUGUCUGGGAGACAGGUGGAUACGGUCAAACUGCUGCUGAAGAUGGGAGCUUCUAUCAAUACACAAGACGCCUGUGGACGGACCUCCCUCUCUCUAGCCACAUACCUUGGUUGGCUGGAAGGCUGUGUGUGUUUGCUUCGGAACGGGGCAAAGCAGAACAUUCCCGAUAAGAAUGGACGCUUGCCAAUUCAUGCUGCUACUGCUGAAACUGACUUCAGGCUCAUGGCUGUGCUGCUACAGCAGUCAACACUGUGUGAAAUCAAUCAUCAAGACAAUGAGGGAAUGACAGCUCUUCACUGGGCUUCUUUCCACAACCGGCCAGAGCAUGUGCAGGCCCUGCUGCAGAAAGGAGCCGACCCCACACUCGUGGACAAAGACUUUAAAACAGCGCUCCACUGGGCUGUGCAGAGUGGCAGCCAGUUAAUGUGUUCCCUCAUUCUUGACCAUAAUCUGGGCUCCUCUGUGAUCAAUUAUGAUGACGAGAAUGGGAAGACCUGCGUUCACAUCGCCGCCGCUGCAGGAUUCAGCGACAUCAUCUAUGAACUGUCUCGAAUUCCUGAGACCAACUUGCAAGCUUUAGACGUGGAUGAACGGACCCCUCUCCACUGGGCCGCCGCAGCAGGUAAAGAUGACUGUGUGCAGGUUUUGUUGGAGCUGGGAGUGGAGCCCAACCCUCGAGAUAUUAACGAGAAUACACCACUCACAUACGCCAUGUACUGUGGACAUACUGGAUGCAUCAAACUCCUCUCCACUGAAAACAG